AUGGAGAGUCCACCGUGCAACAAGUGUGUGCACCAGCUGUCGGUGAGUGCCCGCGGCAAAAGAGGCAAGGUCCUCACCGUCUACCUGACCACGUGGCGCAAUCCAUAUGGAUCGGAAAGCGAGGAGUACCACAUGAAGAUCGGCUCUGACGGCUUUAUCAGCUUGCACGACGUGCUUCAGCCCGGACUCCCCAAGAAGCGCAAGAACCACGAAUGGCCUCCCCGCCCUGGCAAGGGUUUCCUGUGCGUCUACUCUGUCAAGUCGCCUCCCACAAUCCCUCGUGGUUACUACACUCCCGGAUUAGACGACCACUACAACGACCCCUGCCGGACGAGCAACGGUUUUCUCAGGGAACAGCACCUGGUCCACGAAAAGAAGACCAGCAGCGGCGUCUCCCACGACACGUCCGAUGCAUCGUUCGUGGACAUGUGCGUGUUCCUGGGCCUCAUCAUCAAGCACAAGCGGUCGUGCCCGAAAGCGGGGUACCCGGACGAGUGUGCCGAGCUGGCCAAGCUGUUCCACUGCCUGCCGGCCGAGAAGUUGGCGAACGCUCGCAUCAACAUCGCCGAGAGCUUCUACCCUCCCCUGCGCAUCACAGCGUGCCCCAAGCGGAAGGACGAGCUGGACGAGUAG